UUGUAUUUUCUGCGGGCCUAUUAACAUGGCGUAGCAUUCCCUCGUGGUGUGAAUAGACUUAUGUUUGUAUUUAUAGAAUGAAACUGUAACAUGAAGAACCUUAAAUUAUUACACUGUUCCCAGACUGAGGAACUGAAGUCAUUCUUAAAGGACACAAUUUGUAUUACAACUGACUGUGACACAGGACAUGUUUUCUGUGCAACAAAGCAUGGGGAUCUUGUACAAAUAGAUUCCAAUCAGAACAAGUUCCUUAAUGCUGUGAACCUGGUUUGUGAAGGCCACCUGUCUAACGAACAAAGUGUUACCUAUUUACAACACCUGCCAGAACAACAAAGUGUGAGUGCUGUCACAAACAGUGGAAGUAUUCUUUUAUGGUUUUACCUGGAACAACUUGUUGAAUGUGUUGGUGAUGUUGAAGAUGGCAUUAUUGGUUCUGCUUGGAGUCCUGACCAAGAACUGUUAGUUGUUAUUUCAGGCUCUAAUUCUUUGAUUUUAAUGACCAGAGAUUUUGAUCUUCUGCAAGAAACAGCAUUACAUCCAGAUACAUUUGGUGAAGCUGAAUUCAUAAACGUUGGCUGGGGUAAGAAAGAAACACAGUUCCAUGGAACCGAAGGUAAAGAAGCAGCCAAGAAGAAAUCUGAGCCAGCCCAGCCAGCCCUAGAAUGGGAUGAUAUGAAGGCCUAUAUUAGUUGGCGUGGAGAUGGCCAAUACUUUGUGACUUCUACCAUACAUCAAGGUUAUCGUCAGCUCAGAGUUUGGACAAGAGAGGCUGUUCUUCAUUCCACCAGUGAGUUAGUAGUUGGUCAAGAAAAAGAGGUUGCUUGGAAACCUACUGGCAGUUUAAUUGUUAGUUCUCAGGUCAAGCCAAAUAAACAUGAUAUUAUAUUCUUUGAACAGAAUGGUUUACAACAUGGGGAGUUCACUUUACCUUUUGAUGUUCAAACCACACAGGUGAAGAAACUUCUUUGGAACAUAGACUCCACAGUGUUGCUGAUAUGGUGUGAAGAACUGAACAAAAAUGAAAAACUCCAGCCAAAGUCUUUCAUCCAGUUAUGGACAGUUAACAACUAUCACUGGUACCUAAAACAGAGUUUAGUCUUUGAUCCAGCCAAAGAGAAGGAAGUUGCAGCUCUUCUAUGGGACCCUGAACAAGCAUACAAGCUGCAUAUUGUCACUUCAGAUGGUUGCUAUAUGCAUUACUCAUGGUACUGGAACACUGUAGUCAGUGAUGAAAGUGUUGUGGCUGUCAUUGAUGGAGCUCAGAUUUUGGUAACCCCCAUGGCACUACAGGUGGUACCACCUCCUAUGUAUACCUACAAAUUGCUGCUUCCUGCUCCUGCCAACCAAGUGUUUUUUUUCCCAUCGUCACCAUUGAAUAACUAUGGUAUGCCCACAGCUGAUAUUGGUGUUCUUUUAGACAAUGGAGUGAUUGCAUUGUUUACUUAUCGUGAAAACAACAUUGAAUCAACUGAUAAAUCAGCUGUUGAAAUAUGUGGAGGCAGAGAAUUUAGUGUAAAAUGUCCUCUUCCUCGCUUAUUAGGCUCAUUUGAACCUGUAGAAAACUAUGGAACAUUUCCGUUAUCAGUACACACAGUUUUGGGUAUCAGUGACACAGUUCUCAUGUAUUGCCUCCAGAAAGAUGAUACCAGUGUCCUCUGUGAAGUAACUCUCUCUCAAAAAGAUAAUACAUUUACUCAAAGCUCUACACAGGUUGUACCUGACAAUAUCUUUAACAUGACAUAUGCUGCUGCUGUUAAUACCAUUUUCAUACAAACCUUGCAGAGAGAAAUCCUGGCUUAUGAUAUUAGUACCCAAGUUUUAUCUCCUUGGAUGUCUGAAGCUGGAGCACCUGUGGUAUUUCCUCAGCGGUGUACAACUAUGGCUGUCUGUCAGAUCAGUGGCAAGGUUGUGAUUCUGGGUCUAACAUCAAAGCACCGUCUCUACAUAAAUGAUAAAGAGUUGGCUAAUAACUGUACAUCAAUGGCUGUCCAUGAAAAAUUUUUGAUUUUGACUACACUAAGCCAUACAUGUCGGUUCUUGAACUUGAAAACAAAUACUAAAGAUAUUGCCACACUUCAUGAAAACAGUGGACACCCUUUUGAUGAGAUUAUACGUCGAGUGGAGCGAGGUUCGUGUAUUGUUACAGUCGUACAUAACAGUACAAAACUUGUGUUACAAAUGCCACGCGGCAACCUUGAAACUGUCCAUCCCCGAGCUUUGCUACUUUCUUCCAUUCAACAGAAACUAAAUAACCUCAAGUAUCAUGAUGCAUUGGCUCUUAUGAGAAAACACAGAAUAAAUAUGAAUUUAGUUUAUGACCAUAAUCCAUCAUUGUUUUUAACCAAUAUUGAAAGUUUUGUCAAACAAGUAUCAGAAGACAAUCUUCUCACGUUGUUCUUAUCAGAGCUUGGAAUGGAAGAUUCUACACAAACAAUGUAUGCCAGUUCUUAUUCUGAUCGAGCCACUUUGAAUAAAUCUGAAGAUGGCGAGAACUCAUCCAAAGUGAACAUAGUCUGUGAUGCUAUCAUUGAAAUUUUAUACAAGGAAGAAAAGGAAAGGCUUGUAUUACCAAUUCUCACUGCUCAUAUCAAGAAAAACCCUCCUGAAAUUGAAAAGGCCUUAACAGUCAUUUAUAAAAUUAAAGCCAAUCCUGAUAGUACAACAUCAUUAGAAGAAACACUACGCCAUAUUCUUUGUAUGGUUGACAUCAACGAACUGUAUAACGUAGCACUGGGGAUGUAUGACUUUGAUAUUGUUCUCAUGGUGGCUGAGAAGUCACAGAAGGACCCCAAAGAGUAUCUUCCGUUUCUGAAUAACUUGCAGAGUAUGGAAAUGAAUUACCAGAAAUUUACAAUUGAUAAAUAUCUGAAAAGAUUUCCUAAAGCUCUGGGACAUAUAGUAAAAUGUGGUCCUGAUCAUUGGAAUGAAUGCCUGCAGUUUAUUGAAGAACACAAGCUCUAUAAAGAAGCCUUGAAGUUAUAUAAAUCCACAAGUACAGAGUUUAAAUUGAUAGCAAGUAGUUAUGGUGAUGAUCUGCUGCUACAAAAGCACCAUGAAGAAGCAGGAGUGAUGUAUAUAAAAGCUAACAAAUGGGAAAAUGCUCUUCAGUGCUUCCAGAAAACUUUGAAUAUUCAACAGGCCAUGUGUAUGGCACACCAACUGAACUAUUCCAGGAAUCAAAUCAUUGAACUUUGCAACACAAUGGCAGUUUCCCUGAAAUCUGUGAACAGACAUCAAGAUGCUGCUGUCCUGUAUGAACAAUAUGUGGAGGAUGUAGAAGAAGCAAUUGUGACUUUGAUAGAGGGCUCUUUGUGGACAGAAUCCCUUCGAUUGAUGUACAAAUAUAAAAGACAAGAUUUUAUCGAGACUAAUUUGAAAGAAGCUAUUCUCACUGCCUACCAGAAUGAAAUGGAUUCUUUAGAAAGCAUGUUUACUGACUUUAAACGUCAUAUGAAACGGUUGGUUUUGGUGAGAGAGGAAAAACAAAAGGCUAAACUUGAUUUAUACGAAGAUGAAGGUUUAAUAACCAAUGCCGACUUAUAUUCUGAAUCCAGCAGUAUUGCUGGAGACAGUGUCGUUUCAGUGACAAGUAACAGAACAUCAAUGCUCAGUCGAUCUACAGGAAGAUCCUCCAGAAAUCGUCGGAAAAUGGAAAAGAAGAAAUGGAGUCUAAAAGAAGGAAGCCUUUUCGAAGAAUUUGCAUUAGUUGAGGAAUUGAGUAAAAUUAUCAAACAAGUGGAUACGCUGCGAGCUGACACCCAUUCUCUGCUGCUUGUGCUGGUUCAGUUUGACUUUGAAAGUAAAGCUGAACAACUGCAGGAAUUUUAUGACAAUUUCCUGAAGCAUAUUGAGAAAAAUCUACCAACUUUACGUAAACCAAGUGGUGAGAAACAACAGCUUUCAUUGGGACCCAGUCUAACAGCCAAUGUUAUUGCUGCAGCUGUUCAACAGGGCCAAAACCUCAACAGCGAUGCAGAACCUGAUCCCUCUCAAAUGGUACCGAGUAGUCUCAACAGCAGUCUUAAAUGGAAAUUGCAUGUAAUUAGUAAUAAUCAGAAGAAACAAUAAUUUCACCAUGAGUAAUUGAAUAAACUUAUCUGUCUAUAUAUAUAUAUAUAU